UUGAGGUUGUAGGUUUGUCCAAAAUAAUGUUGAUAUGUUUUCUCGCCCCUUCUCCCUCCUGUUGCUCGAUUCCUCUGAAUCGAAUUCUUGAUAAUCUUUGAGUUGGGAUCCACUCCAGAUCUUCUUCCAAUCCAGUCCCCCCCACCAUGCAUUCCAUCUCGUGAUUAGGUUCCUCGUUCGACAAGGAACCAAUGGCGCCCGGGCAGACGCGCAUCGACGCCGUCCGGCGGCAGCCGGAGCAUGCCGCCGCCUCCUCCUCCUCGUACUGUUCUGCCACCACCGUUACCGUCUUCGUCGGGCUCUGCCUGCUCGGCGUCUGGAUGACCUCCUCCACGCUCGUCUCCCCCGCUGAGUACUCCCUGUUCCAGGCGGCCCCAUUGCCCCGCCGUCCCACCCCCGCCGGCGGAACGGAACCAGACGCAGCCCCGGUGGAUGGGAACACAACCACCUUCAUCAGAGAAGACGGCUCCGAUGAGCAGGAGGAGCCUCCUGCGGCGAGACAGGACGCCGUGGCAGAGCCCCCAGAGAGAGCAAAUCAGCCGCCUGAGGAACAGAUUGUGACAGAUCCCAAGGUGGAGAAGCCAGAUGGGGAUCAUGAGCAAACUAAUCCUGACGAACAGAAUGUGACAGAUCCGAAGGCGAAGCCGGACGAUCAGGAGCAGGAGUUGAAAAGGGACGCCGAGGUGUUCCCGGACGCGAGCCAGGCGGAGCUGCUCAACCAGACAGCCACAGAUUCGGUGACAUGGCGCACGCAGGCAGCCAAGUCGGACACAGUUACCGAGGACAAGGAGCAGACCGCCGCGGUGGUGUCGGGUGUCCCGACGACCGACAAUUGGAAGCUCUGCGAUGCCGAGGCUGGAGCCGACUAUAUCCCGUGCCUCGACAACCUGGAGGUCAUCAGGAAGCUCAAGCAUGACGAGCACUACGAGCACCGGGAGCGGCAUUGCCCCGAGGAGCCUCCGGCCUGCCUCGUCCCUCUGCCCAAGGGGUACCGGAGCCCGAUACGGUGGCCGAAGAGCCGAGAUCAGAUAUGGUACAACAAUGUCCCCCAUACUCAGUUGGUGGAGUUCAAGGGGCACCAGAACUGGGUGAAUGUCUCUGGGGAGCACCUGAUAUUUCCGGGAGGCGGGACUCAGUUCAAGCGCGGUGCUUUGCAUUACAUUGAUUUCAUUCAGGAGGCAAAGAAAGAUGUGGCGUGGGGAAAACGAAGCCGUGUUAUCUUAGACGUGGGCUGCGGAGUUGCUAGCUUUGGAGGAUACAUGUUCGACAGAGAUGUGCUUACUAUGUCCUUUGCACCUAAAGAUGAGCAUGAGGCUCAGGUGCAGUUUGCUCUCGAGAGAGGAAUCCCUGCUAUAUCAGCAGUUAUGGGCACGAAAAGGCUCCCGUUUCCUGGAGGGGUCUUUGAUGUUGUUCAUUGUGCACGCUGUAGGGUACCGUGGCAUAUUGAAGGUGGUAAGCUCUUGCUAGAAUUGAACAGGCUGUUACGCCCUGGUGGUUACUUUGUGUGGUCUGCGACUCCUGUAUACCAGAAACUGCCGGAAGAUGUUGAGAUAUGGGAAGCGAUGUCUGCUCUAACAAGGUCAAUGUGCUGGACAUUGGUGAAUAAAGUAAGGGAGAGCAUAAAUAAGAAAGGCGUAGCAAUUUUCCAAAAACCAAUGGACAACCGCUGCUAUGAUGCAAGAUCUGCUGCAAACCCUCCACUGUGUGGAGAAUAUGACAAUCCUGAUGCUGUCUGGAAUGUUUCAUUGCAGUCUUGUAUGCAUAAAUUGCCCACAGACCCUGCCACCCGUGGUUCACGGUGGCCGGAAGAAUGGCCACUGAGGGUGGAAAGACCACCUUACUGGCUGAACAGCUCAGAGGCUGGAGUGUAUGGAAGGCCUGCUCCUGAGGAUUUUGAAGCAGACUAUGAGCACUGGAAGCGGGUCAUACGCAAUUCAUAUAUGGAAGGCUUCGGUAUUGAUUGGUCUGCUGUCAGAAACGUUAUGGAUAUGAAAGCUGUAUAUGGAGGGUUUGCAGCGGCUUUGCGAAACAUGAAGGUGUGGGUGAUGAAUGUAGUUCCAAUCGAAUCGCCUGACACACUCCCAAUCAUAUACGAACGCGGGCUGUUUGGACUGUACCACGACUGGUGCGAGUCAUUUAGCACCUACCCGAGAAGCUACGAUCUCGUGCACGCGAACCAUCUCUUCUCCAAGGUUAAGAAGAGGUGUGAACUGUUGGGUGUGAUUGUGGAGGUGGAUCGGAUAGUGAGGCCAGGGGGGAGGCUGAUUGUUAGGGAUGAUAUGGAGACAAUAAGUGAGGUGGAGUCGAUCAUCAAGUCCCUGCACUGGGAGGUCCGGUUGUCUUACUUCCAGGGCAAGGAAGGCCUUCUGUUUGCACAGAAGACCAUGUGGCGACCAACUCCUUCUUCUAGUUGACUGAAGCUAAAAGCUCUCAACGAUUCAUUGACAUGUAUACAUAUAUAUACACAUUGUUUUUUUCAAAGAGUACAUACAUACAUAUAUAUAUUGUUUUUGUGUAGAAGAAGGUUGAUCUUGUAUAGCAUAGCAUACGAUGAUAUUGUUAUCGGCAAUUCAUUGCUCUUGAAUUAGCAGAGGAGGCAGUGUAUGUAGUGUAUGUAUGUAGUACAAUCAUCCUUGGUCAUGUUUUCACUUGUAAGCUCAGCAAGAUGAGCUUCACAUACAUAUCUGAUAAUAAGAUGUGCAUUUUUUCCGCACCCUUGUCAA